UAUCUGGAUUCAAGAGGGUCACAACACCUUCCUGAAACCCACAGCCUCUUUCUCACCUGAAAGAAUAACCCUACAAAGCUCACAGAAUGUGUGAUGCAUUUGUAGGUACCUGGAAACUCGUCUCCAGUGAAAACUUUGAUGAUUACAUGAAAGAAGUGGGAGUGGGUUUUGCCACCAGGAAAGUGGCUGGCAUGGCCAAACCCAACAUGAUCAUCAGUAUAAAUGGAGAUGUGAUCACCAUUAGAUCAGAAAGUACCUUUAAAAACACUGAGAUUUGCUUCAAACUGGGCCAGGAAUUUGACGAAUUCACCGCAGACGACAGAAAAGCCAAGAGCAUCAUAACCUUAGAUGGGGGUGCCCUGAUACAGGUGCAGAAAUGGGAUGGAAAAUCAACCACCAUAACAAGAAAAUGUGAGGGUGAUAAGUUGGUGGUGGAAUGUGUCAUGAACAGCGUCACUUCUACCAGGGUUUAUGAGAGAGCAUAAGCCAAAGGACAUAGACCUGGGCUGAAGUUUGUAUCAAACUCUACAACAUUUCUGGAUGUGUUGUUCAAAAAGAUAAUUAUUGUUUUCGCUAAAUAGCAGGCAAUUUAUUGAAUAUGAUUGUAUUGAUUAAAUAAAACUUUUUAGAUGUAGAAGGUGGUGUAACUACAUAUUUAUUGUAUAGGAUAAUUCUACACUCAUGAGUGAGUGAAAAAAUAAAAACUCUGCAUUA